GUUAUAUAUAAAUUACUUUAUUCACAAUAAUAUCAUCAAAUAUACUAGGUAAUAUCAUAGGCUGACUGACCGUUUUCGCUCAGAAUCGUUUUUCUUAUACAAUGAUAUUAUAUCGUUGAAUUCAAAUUUAACACCAUCCAUUACAGUCACCCACUUGUAACCUAAUGUACAGCACAGAGACACCCACUUAUCCACCUUUUUUAAGGAAUUGUGCUUAGGCAAUUCAUUCGUCUCUGUUCGUUUUUGUGUGUGUAGUAAAUGAUCAUUAGUGUAUGUAUACUUCCCACCAAUCACCUGCAUUAUACAUAUUACGCAGGCACCAUGCACAUGUAAUUUUGUCAUUAGAUCAAAAUAAUCAAAACCAAUUUAUGGACGUGGAAUAGUUAGCUAUACGCCUGCCAAUAUUUUAAGUACUUCUAAAGCUUCGAUUUAAAAAAUGUAUAAGAUUUUUCAAUGCAUAAACUAGAUUACUAUGCCUCAACCGGAACACUUUUUCAAUUUUAACAAAUCAUUGACGGGAAUAGACAUUUUAAAUGUUAUACAUUUUUAAAAAUUUAUAUUAAAUGUAUUAAAAACUAUUAAAAAUAUUAAAAUAUUGAAAACAUGCACCGACCGAUGCUCAGUAAACUCCACUCAACAAUUUUUUUAAUUAUUUUAAUCGAACCACUAAGUACCUUAAUUGUUCUCAGUCGCUAAGGUCAUUUUGUUUUAAAAUUUUUGUUAAAAAAUUGAUAGACUUUGCAGGUGCUUUAACAUAAUCCUUAUAUGUGAAUAUGCGAUAACCCCGAUGUCAUAUUAUACACUUACCCCCAAUAUAUGCAAAAUACAAUUUCAUACUUUAACCCUCUAAAAACUAACACUCUGCAGUUGUUUUGCCCAUAUGCAAACCCGGAUAUUGUACAUCAAGUUUUAUUUGUAAAAUCACUGGUUUGUAAUAAAGUUUUUGUGAGAACUUUAUAUUUGGUAUAAUUGAACACCUAUACUUUGGUGGAAUUUUCUUAAUUAAAAAAAAACUCGUAAAUCGUUACAUAUUGCAGUUCAAAAAAAUGUAUUAUAAUACAAUCGUUUCUCUUGACACGUUAUACAGGCAACUCAGUCAAGAAAAAGAUCAAAUGGCUCGGGAAAUUGACUUGGAAAAACAAAAGAAGAAACGGCUUUCGUGCCACAACGAAGAACUGCAGUGGAAACUGAAAAAGAGCACCGAAGUAGCUAAUCAUUUAGCUGUUUCAACAAAGAGAUUGAGUCAAACAACGCAAGACCUUGCAGCUAUGAGAGAGGCACAAAACAACUAUCAGAAACUAUGCAGCAGGAAGAGUUCCAAUUCGGAAAACAGCGGUGACGAGGACACGAUGACUAGCCAACUGGUGGAGGUAGACUCGGAGGCGCCGGCCCGGAUACUGGGAGUGAUGAAGAAGAACGAUUCGCUGUCGUACGUGUUCGAGGUGGAAGAGAAACCGUCGGAUAUCGCCACUCGGCUGGUGCGCCGGGCCAGCAGUCUGCGGUCGGUGGGCAAGUCACGGACGCGUGCGCGCGGACCGACUGGCGGCGAGAAGCGGUCCCGGGCCAGAUCGCAGUCGGGCGGCGGGUCGUCCGACAAGUCGGUGGAACUGGACUCGGCGCUCACCCGGAACCUGGACGAACUGUUCGCGCCCGGCCCGAACGACCGGUACCUGAGCGGCUGUUUCACGUGCAGCUCGGACUCCUCCAACUCGUCGCCGGAGCACCACCUCCACAACGUGGUGCAGACCUACGAACAGAACCACGGUCCGUCCUAUGUACAGGUGGUCGCCGAGCAGACCGGCGGUGGUGAUAAGGCCCAGGGCAGUGGGCUGACCAUCGUCUGAGAAGAUAAUAUUUUGGUCGUCUUCGUACGGAUGGGUGACGGGAGGGAUGGAAGGAAAGUCCUGAGGGAUAGAUCCUUAUAAUAUCAUGUUCGCGCACAAUACGCAUUCUCUGUUAGACUUAUUUUUCUCUCGUUAGAUUGUGCCAAAUACCGUAAGAAAGUUGUUCACAAUUCACAAUCCAUGUUUAUAUUAUAAUUUUAUAAUGUGUGUUUAAUGUAAAAAUCAAAAUACCUUUUACUUUUUACCGCUAACGUCGUUUUGAAUUUUUAUUACGAUUUUAUUUUGUUUUACAAAAGCGCGAGCGUGUGUGUAUUUUUUCUCUAGUAACUCUUAAGACUGAAUUCUUUAAAAAAAAAAAAAAAAUUGACCGAGUCUUGGGGAGAAUUUUUUUUUUUUUUUUGAAAAUGUGUCAAGAGAACAUAAUAAUUAUUAUUUUUUUAAUUGUAUCGCUUACACAGUGUAACUAUGUUUUUAUUUUAAGAUUUAAAUGUUUAUAAUGUAGUCUAACGUUUUAUUUAUUUUUUAGUAUUAGUUUCCGCGAGAUAGAGGUAUGCCACCUUCAUUUUAUUUAAAUUCCCCGUGACCAUUAUACCAUAUUACUUAAAUCUUGUGACUUACGCGUCUUACUGCGCUGCGUCAUUGUUAGUCUUUACUGUUGUAAUUUAUUUAUAUUUUUUAAAACAAUACUGCACAACAAAUCGUGUAACUUAACAGUUUGACUAGCUUUCAUUUGUGUUGUAUAAUUUUGACUUGUCUGACCAAAUAUAAGUUAUCUGAUGCUUUAUGUGUCAA